CACCCGCCUCCCCUCCGCGCGCGCGUCAAGCUGGGGGCCGGGGGAACCGAACGCGGAAGGGGGCGGGCUUGCAGCUGCAGGUCGAUGUUUGCUCGGCUGACGUCGCUGGCGCCGGAGCGUCUCGAGGCCAACAAGACCAUUGCCAUUUUCCCUUGCUAAAGGGGGGACUGGAAGAAGAAGCAGAAGAUGAUGAUGAUGAUGAUGAUGAUGGCGGCGGUGAUACACCAAAAAUCGAUGUGGCGUUAGGACAAUGCAUCUUUGUCUUCUCGAGUUGGCCGGUCAACUGGGCGGCCAGCCCACCGAACGCCAGGCCACCAAGCCUUGUGCCUAAAGGAAACAUUCAUGUUCGGCCGCCCCUCCGUUUCGAAGAUGGGAGGGGUGGGUCUAACGACCGAACGUGUUCUGACGUCGGCAGCCGCCCAUGGCACGGACCCGCCUCAGUUCCCAGGUGACGGGACCCGCCGUGCCGCUCCUCGCACCUCGCAGUUCGAUCGAGCAGCCUCGAGCGACGGGAUGUCGGCAUGGAGCAGGCGCGAUUCGAAGGGAGGACGGAGCAUUCAUGCUCAACAGGUCUCCGAUUUCCGGUGGCUGAAAUGACGAAGAAAGAAGUGGUGACCUGGCAGUGAGGGUGCUGCAUAGAUGCUUGAUGAAUCAAAACCCAAAGUGUUUCUUUCGCUUUGACCAUCCAAGUGGGGUGGUUUGAUGAAUCUCAGGAAGCUUGAACUCGUUCCGUUCUGCCCAGAUCGCGGUGUUGGACGUCCAAAAGACCGAGCAUGGACCCCCCACCCACGUGUGGGCCGGGCUGUUCAGGACUCCUCCUAGCCCAGUUGAAGGCCUUUUGUGUGGGAUUCAGUGAACACAAUCUAACCCAGAAAGCCCAACAUCUUAAAGAGGUACCAGUAGUGGUACCAGUUUUCAUGCAGAUUUCAAGUGAUUUUUAAGACUUUGGUUUUCCAGAUUCGAAGCCACUUUCCGGUGAUGUUCCAGCACCGGUCAUGUACGGCCUUCACCCAUCAUGACCCCCGAUGUCCCACCGCGACCCUCGAGGUCGCGCCUUCACAGCGACCCUCCCCGUCCUCGCAGCCGUGCGGCGGCGCGCCAAGCCCAAACGGCGGGAGUCCGCCUUCGACCCCAUCGCGGAGUACAAGCGCGUGCAGUCGGAUCCGUUAGGGUCUUGGGGCUUCUUGGAGGAGGAGGAAUUUGCCCAGCGAAUGGCCUCCUUCACUGCGGUGGCCUUUGUACCUUCCAUCCUGCUGAGCGUGACGGUUUUUCCCCCGAGCGACGAGGAGGGCAUCUUCCUUCCCAACAUGCUGGCAGCCUUUGCUUACGGCUUGGGGCUCACAAUGGCGGUAAGCUUUUUGCUAUUGCUGCGCAUCAGUAGCCUGUUGGACCCUCUCAACAAGGGCUUGAAGGCCACCUCCUAUUUGGUGGAAGACAGCCGGAACAAGAGGAGUUUGCCAGGGGAUGGCGGCUAUUACAGUGAAGUGCGGCAAAAGACGAAGGAGGAGGUCCAACGAGACCAACUCCUGGGCGAGUACCAGACGAACCCGGCCAUGGGACGUCUCAGAAAGUACCUGGUGGGCGCUGCGGCGUUGUCCGUGCUCGGCUGGGUGCUGGGUUCCAUCUCGGGUGGCGAGAUGAGUUUGAACGAGGAUGAGGAAGACGAGCGAAAAUGUGGCACUCGUUGCAUCCCUGGUUUGAUGACCGAUGACUCGGGGAUCCAGAGGAAUAGCUAUCGACUCUUCACUGACCGUGGCCUAUAGAGCCCGGCCGGGCCGCGCGGCUGGGCCGGGCGCAGGCGGUCUGCGACGUCCGGCUGCGUGCAGAA